GCGGCGGGCGCGGCUUCCAGGUGGGCGGGCGUCAAAGCCACCGUCAAGGCGCUCCGAGCGGAGGAGCGCACGACUCGACGCUGAGUGAGCCGGUGGCAGCUGCGGCGCUCCGAGAGAUCCCAACCGCGGGACCGUCAGCGCCUCCGACACCGCCGACACCAUGCCUCCUUUGAAGGUCUGCAUCAUCGGAUCCGGCAAUUGGGGAUCUGCCAUUGCAAAAAUCGUAGGACAAAAUACCAAAAGCUCCAACCAGUUUGAUCCGGUUGUCAAGAUGUGGGUAUUUGAAGAACUAAUCAAUGGUCGAAAACUCACCGAGAUUAUUAACCAAGAACAUGAAAAUGUGAAAUAUCUCCCAGGGCAUAAAUUACCUCCAAACGUGGUUGCUGUACCAGAAGUAGUAGAAGCAGUAGAAGAAUCUGAUAUUUUAAUAUUUGUCGUACCUCAUCAGUUUAUUCCCAAAAUUUGCGAGCAACUUACUGGUCACGUAAAAGCAGGAGCAAUUGGGAUUUCACUGAUCAAGGGUAUAGACGAAGGCCCUGAAGGACUGAAACUCAUCACGGACAUCAUCCGAGAGAAACUGAAGAUAGAUAUGAGUGUGCUCAUGGGUGCCAACAUUGCCAAUGAAGUGGCAAAUGAAAUGUUCUGUGAAACUACCAUCGGUUCUAAAAAUGCUAAAAAUGGGAAGAUCUUAAAAGAAUUAAUGCAAACAUCAAAUUUCAGAAUUACUGUGGUGGACGACUGUGACACCGUGGAACUCUGUGGGGCCUUAAAGAACAUUGUGGCUGUUGGAGCUGGUUUCUGUGAUGGGUUGGGCUUUGGGGACAAUACCAAGGCAGCUGUGAUUCGCCUGGGCCUGAUGGAAAUGAUUGCCUUUGCUAAAAUCUUCUGCAAGGGCACAGUCUCGAUAAAUACAUUUCUGGAAAGCUGUGGGGUUGCAGAUCUGAUUACCACAUGCUACGGGGGACGUAACAGGAAGGUGGCUGAAGCAUUUGCACGUGGUGGAAAAACAAUUGAACAGUUGGAGAAAGAAAUGUUGAAUGGACAGAAGCUACAAGGACCUCAAACAUCAGCUGAAGUCUAUAAGAUCCUGAAGCAGAAGAAUUUGAUUGACAAGUUUCCACUAUUCGUAAAUAUCUACCUAAUCUGCUACCAAGGAAAGUCAGUCAAAGAGUUCAUCACUUGCCUGCAAAAGCAUCCGGAACAUAUGUAAAAUCCAAUGCUGCAACUUACCAGUAUAGUCUGUCUCGACUCAAGAUUUGUCAGCCUGACAUGGAGAAUAAAGCCAGCAAGUAAGGUGUCAAUCAACUUGACAAUGGAGAAUUAAAGCAAGCGCGCAACAUGCAAACAAACAAACAAACAAGCAAGCCCCUGGUAUUAACUUUAUUGUGGUCUUAAGGGAAAUUACUCUGUAUUCCUUUUGAGUAACCAACUGCACCAAAUGUGAAAACAAAAUGGUAUUAUGCAUUUCAGCAUUGACUUCAGGAACCAAUUAUAGAAGACUCUGAAAUGGGAAUGUCAUUUUCAUCACUCAUCUUCCAUACAAAGCUGAAACUGCAGAAAACCAACCAUCUAAGCAUAGGUCUUGUGAGAAUUGUUCAGACUUUUGUGCUGAACACCCAAUAAUUGCAUAACUUGUAUCAAAAGCCACUUUUCUUAAUUCAGAUUGAGUGAAGUAGAAUUUAAAAUUAGAUGUUUGUGGCCAAAGAAACAACUACCGGUAGCCCUCCGUUAUGACCAUUUAUUCAGCAACCAUUCAAAAUUGUGUUAGUGGUACUUAUAUAAGCAGACCUUGAAGUUCUGGCCAUCCCAGCACCCCGGGAUCACAUGAAUGCAACCUGGGUGCUUGGCAACUGGCUCGCACUUGCAAUGGUUGCAGCAUCCCAUGGUCAUGUAUUCACAAUCUAGUGUGCUUCCCUCCUGGCUUCCUAUAAGCAAAGUCAGUGGGGAAGCUGGAAGGGAAGGUCAGCAGUUGCUCUGGUAACUCGUUCCCAAUCCCAUCAUUUUUUCGCCUUCAAGGAUUUGCUAUUUCACAGUGUGUUUGUGUUGGGCCGUAGCAGCUGCCUUCACAACUGGUAGCAACCAUCCUCUACCUCAGGGGUCUCCAACCUUGGCAACUUUAAGACUUGUGGACUUCAACUCCCAGAAUUUUUCAGCCAGCGUUGCUAAGGUUGGAGACCCCUGCUCUACCUGACGGCCAUGCUUAUGCUGCAGCAGUCACUCACCCACCAGCCGCUUGUAAAUUCUUGAUUUUGCUUGUGGGAAACUGACAGUAAGUCACAAGGAGGUCCUUACAAUUCUCGCUUAAUGAGGGCAAGGGGACUGUUGGGAUUGCUGUUGCUAAGUGAUGCACUCAUGUGACAUUGUGCUUUAGGGACUGCAUUGCUGGGGAAAUUCCAGCCCCAAUUAGGGACUAUUUGUAGUUGGUUAAACUGUAUAUGUGAUGUUGAUGGCUAAACUCACAGUGCCAUAAUACAGUUUGUUGGCUGCUAGCUUAUACUCUUUGAAACCAGCUGUGUCUUCCUCGACAAAGCAAGUUUAAGCAAAUAACUACUCUAGUCAUCUCAACUCAUAAAUUUCAUUUCUAUGUGUGUCUUAGGGAGCAGUAAUUCUGAGAUAUCUGGGUAAUUUCAACUGGAUUUAGCGAUAAGAGAGGUGCAAAGCUGAUAAGACAAGGUGUUCUAUUUCUAUUCCUUUUACUUUACUUUAUAUUCCAAAAUUUCCAGCCACUGACUAGCUUGUUCUGCUCUUUUUAGCUCCAGCCUUAUUAAAACUGAUUUCCUUUCCUCUGCCCAUCUUAAACUUUCAAUAUUUAUAUCAUGGUUGUCAAACUCGAUUUCAUUGAGGACCACAUUAGGGUUUGACCGCAGAGGGCCAGAGUGGGUGUGGCCAGUUGGACGUCACUUGUGUCAGGGGCGCCUGUGGCGGCCUGAGCGCUCUGCCAGCAAAAUCCCAAGCUCCGUUUUCGGCUUUGACGACUUCCUGCAAUCGUCUGCCAGUGAAAACGGAGCUUGGGCGGAAUUGCCCACAGACCUCCCAAGCUCCAUUUUCACUGGCAGAGGCACUGCAGGCCGGUCCUUUGCUGUUUCCAGGGCGGCCCCGCGGGCCAGAUCUAAGCACCCCGCAGGCUGAAUCUGGCCCCUGGGCCUUGAGUUUGACACUCAAACUGGAUUUAUAUCAUGCCUUUUUUCUCUUUGUCCACUGUCUUACCUCAAUUUUUUUCGUUCAUACACAUUGAUUAACUUUUCCACUUUAAUAUAAUCCCCAAAGACUGCCAAAUGCUGCUGAAAAUAUAAAUCUGCAAAGGACAACGGACAUAUCAUAUUAAGAGACAACAAAGCUUACAGCAUUUUUAAUUACGCUAAAUUCCAAUGAGGUUAUUUAAAAUAUUAUUCUUGGUCAUGCAAUUUUUAUAGCAGUAUUUUUUAAAAAUAAUGUCAUUUAUCAUUCUACAAUAUUUUUUGAAAGCAGCUGUGAGCAUCUUCCAUAUUUGUCUUAGUUUAUAAACAAAUUAUAAGUCAAUAAGAGAAAAAAAUAACACUUUUUAGAAAUAAAUUUCUUUAAUUGACACAGCAGUGUUCCCAUGAUGAACAGUAUACUAAAAGAACCUUCCACAAAUUUAACAUAUGCAAUGGAAAUAUUUUGAACAUCAAAUAAUUAACCAGCUUUUAAAUCAACUCACAAAUAAAUAGAAAAUAAUUCUGUAUUUACAGCUUGUAGCAAAUAAUUUCAAUAAUCUGAAACAAGUUUCAGUUUGAGAAAUGAGAAUUACACACGUAAAAAUUAACAUUUGUAUUUCAAAGCAUCAAACUACACACACGUACAAAGUGAUCUGACACACAGCGUUUUCCAGAAAUUCAGGGAAAUUAAAGAACAUCAAUAAUGUUAUAUUUUAUAAAUAUGGGGUUCAUAUAAAAGCAAAAUUUCUGAAUUGGUGAAUCACUUCUUUGUUUUCCCAAAGAUAUAAUUACAGUAACAUGAAAUGCUGAAUUAAGGUUAAAUUUAAGUUUGUUCAACUGAGUCCUUCCCACUGAAAUGGUACCUAUUUAUCUACUAGCAUUUGCAUGCUUCUGAACUGCUAGGCUAGGCAGGAGCUGGGGUAAGUAACGGGAGCUCACCUUAUCACGUGGCACUCGGGUCUGGAACCCAGGCUGCCAGAUUUCCAGUUGACAAGCUCAGUGUCUAACUGCUAAGAACAUCAAAUAAUAAAAUAUUCAGCAUAAUUAUUAGUUUUAAAAUCCUAAGUAGCCUGAAAGACUUGAUGUGCUUGAAGCCAAAGUAGGCAAUUAUUAAAUUGACUUCCGUGUAGGAAGCCGUUACUCUGACAAGAUAUUCAACUUACAUAAACUAAUUCCUUCUCUCUUUUUUUCUAAAAAAAAAAAAAAAAAAGUCGCCAUCUCUUAUGCACUGGUUUGCAAAUGAUCUCAUAACUGGUGACACUCUACGGCAGGGUUUUAAAAAUUGUGUUUCAUGACUUUCAAGCAUUCUGUGACCGACCUGAAGGGGUUCCAUGAGAAACCAAGAAGGGGGAAAAAUUCACUUUCACUUUUUGAUCAGAAAUUUACAGAUAUUUAAAAAACAACAACACUACAGGUAAUCUUUGACUUACAACUGUGUGUUAAAGACAGUUCAAAUUUACAUCGGCCAGGGAAAAAGUGCUUCAUAACUUCUAUUUGCCCUUAUGACCGUCAUGCCAUCCUUGCAGCCACACGAUUGCAAUUCGGGUGCUUGAAAACCAGCUCACAUUUAGGACUGCAGUAUCUUGCAGUCAUACGAUUGCAAUUCCUAACUUUUUUUUUGCUGGUUUUCAGCAAAAAAAAGCAUCCACUGGAAAAGCUAGAUUCCCUGAGUGAUGAUUUGUUUGAUGCCUAUGGUAAAAAUAUUCAUAAAUUUGGAUCCAGUCACGUGACUCAAUUUAUGACUGCCACAACUUAUGAUGGAAAUCCCAGUCCCAAUUGUGGUCAUAAAUUGAGGACUACCUGUAAGAGAUCCUGCAGUUGAAAAUGUUUGAAAACCCUUGUAUUUAUAGAAGACUGCUUAAAAGCAGGUCUGUUAUCUGAGAUAGCGUCAACAUUUAUUUUCUGCACUGAUUAAAGACUGU